AUGACCACGAAGCGAACCACCGGUUCAUCCGACAACCCCAUCAUCAUCGAUGAUGCCACUCCAAACACCACUCCAGAUAUUUUGCCCGUUGACGACCCAGAUGCCUACUCAGACAUGGACUUGAAUGCCACACCAGAUACCACUCCGGGCACCACUCCGGGCACCACUCCGCGCACCACUUCAGGUAUCACUCCAGCUGCCACCCCGGAUGCAGACCCGACGGUAUCCGGUAGAUUGGAGGCUUCCCCAGUAGUCGACGGCCGUGUGGCUGACUUGAUACGAAAGCCACUCGACAAGACUGACCUGGACAAUGACUCGAAAAAGAAGAAGAAUUAUCUAUACCCAGUGGUCGGUACCGAAAGCCUUGUCAAGAUCGGGUGGUCCCAGGAUGCAAAAGAACGAGAAUCACAACUAAAAAGGAAGUGCGGUCUGAGGUUCGGCGACAUCCUCAACCCCGACCAGCCGCCGAUCAAACUCUAUGAAAGGGUCGAAAAGUUAGCUCACACCGAGUUCCAGGAUCAAAGACGCAAGUAUGAUUGCCGUUGUGGGACCAAGGACCACAAGGAGUAUUUCUACGUGCCGGCAGAGGUGGCAGUUAAUGCGACGCAACGAUGGACGGCCUUCUGCGAAAGAGGGCCAUGGGAUGAGCGGGGAAACCUGCUCCCAUUUUGGGAGCAAAGGCUUGGACACUACCAAAAGACGGAGGGCAGUGUUGACUGGGAUGAGUUCGUGGAUGCAACAUUUUGGGACCACGUUCUAUUCAACGUCCCGGAGGCCAGUGUUCGCAUGUGGGCACAACGAUGGCCCAUAGUAUGCCUCAUACAGACCGUCUAUCUCUUCUACAUGACCUAUCCGUCUCAGAAGGUUGCGGUGAUAUGCAUGGUUGUCAUUUUCACGAUAGUUGCUGAGCUACUUUUCGCUGAGUCUAGAUUCAUUCGCGGCUGCUGCAAGCCCUGUGUUGCCGCAUGGCGAACAACAAAAUCGAAGGCAAGCAAACACCGAGCUAGCGUUGGAGCAGAGGUCGUUGACUAG